AUGGGGAAAUUCACGUGUUUGUGCUGGAGGAACGUGGGAGCUGUUAACCAGCCAAGCAAGCGGCAGACUAGGGGAACUGCUCAGUGUGAUCAGCUGUCUGAAAGGAAGUGUUCCGAGGAAUCAGCGCCGCAUGAGCCCCUGCAGAAGUUGCAGGAUCAUGUGGCUUGUGACAUUGCGCAAUCCGUCACUGAUUCGGGGCCUCAGGAUCAGCAGACCGUAGCAAGGCUUGACGCCGAAAAGGUACCAAACGCUACCCCAAAUUGUUUAGUGAAUCCCAAGAAUGAGAAGCACGAACUUCCUGAAGCCUUUGCGGCGUCUACAAAUGAAAAGGAAGGUAUGCCAGAAGUUGAGCUCCUCCUGCCACAGGACAAGAAUUUCGUCGACUCAAAUAUCCCAGUCUUGGACGAAAAGCUGAAAUGUCACGAAGAAUGCCGCAAUACGUCUCAAGAGACAACGCCAGGAAAUGAUAGUCGAGUUACAUCCUCCCCAAUCUCCUUUAUUUGCCCGACUUCCACAAGCGGUGGAGAAGAAGAUCAUCGGGCAGUCGUUUCGACCCCUCCUAUUCUGGGGAGCCAGGGGAACCAAAUAGAAGAAAGGGAGGGAGUAAAUGACACAAACUUCAUACAUGGUUUGCAAGGGGAAAUACGCAGUUCCUUCACUGAACAGACGGCUUGUCGAGGUACUAGACCAAAAGGUGAAGACGACCGAGCAGUCGUCUUGACCCCUCCCAUUCCGGGAACCCAAGCAAGUCAUGAAAGAGAAAGCGAGGUCGUAGAUGUAACGAACAUCAUACGGGAGGAGCAGAAAGCGAGAACGGAUUGCUUCUCAACUAAAAGUGCAACGGAUCUGGGAAAGGAACCAGAUACAGCGUCGACCGAGCUUGUGCAACCUGAUGACAUCAAUCAAUCUUUGGACGAUAAGAAAGAGCCGAAGACAAAGUCCGGCAAAAAGAAGAGGAGGUCGCGCCGGAACAAAAAUACCCAGAGUCCAAGCGAAGCGGAGCCAGUCCAAACGGCUGGAACAGACGGGGAGCCUCUUGCAGUCGCAGAAGGUACAGUGGGUAAUUGUGAUUCUUUCGAUGAUGAGUUAAGGCACAAAAAUCCGGAGGGGGAGCCACUGGAUCCUCAGACUCCCAGCAGGCAACCUGGGCAUGAUAAAUCUUCGCGAAAACAUAAGAAGAAGAAGGCCAGCAAAGCGAAGGGAAAGAGACGGCAUGGGAAGACGGGCAGACGCUAA